AUGGCCACAGAAACCGCUUCAAAAAGGCUCAAAACUGCAGGACCACUUAUCGGCACCCACAAUGGACACUUCCAUGCCGAUGAAGCUCUGGCAGUCUACAUGCUCCGUCUCCUACCCGAGUACCACUCUUCACCGUUAGUACGAACACGCGAUUCCGAACGUCUAGCAGAAUGCCACACCGUUGUCGACGUCGGCGGUGAAUACGAUCCCGCCAAAAACCGUUAUGAUCACCACCAACGCACAUUCAACACGACUUUCCCUAAUCACAAAACCAAAUUGUCAUCCGCAGGUCUCGUGUUUAUGCACUUUGGUCGUGCGAUUGUGUCGCAGCAUACGUCCCUGCCGAUUGAUCAUCCGGAUGUGGAAUUGCUGUAUGAGAAGCUCUACACGGAUUUUGUGGAGGCGCUGGAUGCACAUGAUAAUGGUAUCAGUGUCUAUGACCCGGCGGCCGUGAGCGCCUCAGGUUUGGAGAAACGUUUCAAGGACGGUGCUAUCAGUCUUGGGUCCCUAGUCGGGGACUUGAACUACCCAGACCCGGUGAUCGCAGGUGGUGAACCACAGGAUGAAGAUGGCCUGUUUGCACGCGCAAGCACAUUCAUCGGCGAUGUGUUUCUACGGAAACUACGUCUAGCCGCUUCGACAUGGCUCCCUGCCCGCGCCACCGUGAGCGAGGCAUACCGUAAUCGCAAACAGAUCCAUCCCAGCGGACGGAUAAUCGUACUUUCCGGAGGAGGUGUCCCAUGGAAAGAACAUCUAUAUAACUUUGAGACCGAAUCUCAAUGCGAAGGAGAGUCGGAACAAGUGUACUACGUUCUUUACCCGGAGAAUUCUGCGCCGGAUGCCAAGUGGCGGGUACAAUGCGUACCAGAGUCGGAAGGGAGCUUUGUCUCUAGGAAACCGUUACCGGAUACAUGGCGGGGUGUUCGUGAUCAGGAUCUCGACGGAGUGAUUGCUGCUGAGUCGCAAAAGGCCGGUAAAGAGGGUAUUCCAUCGGGAGCAAUUUUUACACAUGCCAGCGGUUUUAUUGGUGGUCAUCAGACUAAGGAGGGUGCACUUGCUAUGGCUAUUCGGAGUUUGGAGAUGUAG